GGCGCUGGACGCCCGCAACCACGGCGGCAGCCCGCACAGCCCGCACAUGAGCUACGAGGCCAUGAGCCUGGACGUGCAGCAGCUGCUGGCCCGCCUGGGCAUCACCCAGUGCGUCCUGCUGGGGCACAGCAUGGGCGGCAAGACCGCCAUGGCGCUGGCGCUGCAGCGGCCAGACCUGGUGGAGCGCCUCAUCGCCGUGGACAUCAGCCCCAGCACGACCGCCACCGGCUCCGAGCUCUCCGCCUACGUGUCCGCCAUGCAGGCGGUGACGAUCCCCGCGGGCCUGCCGCGCUCCGCCGCGCGCCGCCUGGCCGACGAGCAGCUGCGCCCCAYGGUGCAGGCGGCAGAGCUGAGGCAGUUCCUUCUCACCAACCUGGUGGAGGUGGAGGGCCGCCACGUCUGGCGCCUGAACCUGGACGCUAUUGCCCAUCACCUGCCAGAUAUCAUGAACUUCCCUGUCUUCCACAAGCCAUAUCCAGGCCCCACGCUUUUCCUGGGAGGAUCCAAGUCACCCUAUAUCAGCCCCAAGGACUAUCCGGAGAUCCGGCGCCUCUUCCCAAAGGCAGAUAUCCAGUUCAUUGAAGGMGCCGGCCACAUAGUCCAUCAGGAUAAGUUUGAAGAAUUCAUGACUGCCGUCCUCAAUUUCCUGCCACCCCCRUAGAGCCGGGGGCUGCAGUUUCGCUGAGCACCCCAUGGGACCCGGGAGCUCCGAGAGGGACGUCAGGCCUCCCGGGCGGUGGGAGAAGCAGCUCCCAGCCCAUCGCUCCCUGUGCAGGGAGAUCCGGCCUGCAGAGACCCUCCCACACAAGUCGGAGCUGGUGCUGAGAUGCCCCCCUUGCCCAGCCCUCUGACCCGUGGGGAUGCAGAGCAUCGCAAGCCCAGACGCUGUUCUUGAGCACACAGAGCCAGGGGCUGCACGCCAGCGUCUCGGCUGUUCUAGGGGAGCAGGAGAGCCCUCAGGAAGGAGCUCCGCUCCGCCGGGGCCGCUCYGACCCUCGCCUUGGGCUCACAGGGAUUUCCUGCCUCUGGAGCACCCAGUUGCGGAGCUGCCUGUGGCUGUGCAGGACGUGCAAUAAAGCUGAAACA